UUCAGAGAAUUUGACGAUUCUUGCCAUAUGACAAGAAGCCAAGGUCGUGUCGUAUAUGUAAAGAAGAAGAAUAACAUUUAGUUUAAAGAUGGCUGAAUACGAGAGUGUGUUAUUAGUGAAAUCUGAAGUUUUUGUGUUUAAAAUUCCUCCACGUACAACAAACAGGGGCUACAGGGCAGCCGACUGGAACUUGGCGGACCCCCAUUGGACGGGCAGGAUGCGGUUGGUCGCCAAGGGAAAGGACUGUGUUAUAAAACUGGAGGACAAGAACUCCGGCGAGCUGUUCGCGAAAUGCCCGAUUGACACAUAUCCAGGGGUGGCCGUUGAAUCUGUUACAGAUUCUUCUCGUUAUUUUGUUUUAAGGAUUCAAGAUGACAAUGGCAGGUCCGCCUUCAUCGGGGUGGGCUUCUCGGACCGCUCGGACAGCUUCGACCUGAACGUGGCGCUGCAGGACCACUUCAAGUGGCUCAAGAAGUCGGAGGAGAUCGAGAAGGAGAAGGAGGAGGGUCCCAAGCAGGGGCUGGACCUGCGCUUCAAGGAGGGCGAGACCAUCAAGAUCAACAUGAAGAUCACGAAGAAGGACGGCAGCGAGGUGGCCAGCAAGCCGCGGGCGAAAGGCCCCGCGCAGGCCGGGGGACUGCUGCCCCCUCCCCCGGGCGCUGGGAGGCUGGCGGGGCCCCCCGCCCCCAGCAAGGCCACGCCCUCGUCGUCGCCCGCCCACCAGCCCCCCGCGGCCGAGUCCUGGGGCGACUUCGCCGGCGUCGAGGCCCAGCUCAGUGCGCCAGCCGACACUGCAGCCAACUCGAGCUGGGUGCAGUUCUGAGGCCGGCCCCAGGUGUACCAACGUUUGCGAUGUGUUUGUGACUGUCCUCGUUAGCUCUCGUCCCGCGUCACGAACAGUUAACUGUAGUCCUAGUGGGUAGUGCUUGUGGUCGGUACGUAGUGUGUGCGAGCACGGACCAGUUUGGUGUUGUUUCUGUUGUGUUUGAGUCUUUGCAUCCUCAGUUGUGUUGCUGUGUCGUUCCGGCGAAGUUUCACAAGCAGCACGGACCUCCGCAAGACUGGGGCACGUGUCUGAUCCGUUUGUACUUGGCUUGUGUCAGCACAAACUGCUUCAUCCGCUGAUCACGUCGAGUCGUGACACCCGAAAAAAAAUGCUGCAUAAUUUGUUUCACCACCAUUGCGUGUAUCACAGGUGUUCAAUGCCACAUACUAUCGCCUUAGGCGUGUUGGCUACGCGAAGUUGGUCAGUAGUGAUAGUACCUAUUCAGCUGCUGUUAGAACUUGCUGCAACACCUCGACUUCAGGAAAUAGAUGUGUUGCCAAGUUCUGUUGUCUGUCGUUUUGGUAAAGCCUUGUCGCAACUGGUACUAGUGGUUAAAAAAAAAUUGUUCGUUGGCAAACACUUUUGCACGUUUGACGAAACGCUAGUGGCCAAAAGUUGGUCAUGCUUCGUCAUGAUUUCGUUCAAAGUAAAAGGCGGCAUUCCAAAGUUUGUUUUUUUUACCGUUAUUCACUCGUUACCAGUGGAUCCGCAUCAACUUCAGAUAUUAUUUUCAGUUUUUCUUCAAACGAUAACGCCUUCCAUUUAAUGACUCGAGCGAUAUGAAGGAGCGGAGUGGCUCCGAUCGUGCCGCUUCGAACGCAGUUUGCACUGGUUUCUUGUUAAGGGAGUUUGUGAGAGAGAGCGAGACAAGUCCGGAGUUGUUACGGCCAGCCACACAAGGUUACAUUCCUCUGGCACAGCUGCCGAAACGCCUCAUUUUGUAGGAAACAGUGUGUAUUUACAUUAGCAAGAUGUUAACCGAAGCUGUUUCGACACCUACCCUUAGCUUUUUCAUAUUGUUCUUUCUAGAUGGUUUCUACAGUUUUGUUGUACUCUCAAAUUAUUUAUCUUAACUAGGGGCAAGAUUUUAUGGUGAAUUGUGAUGGAACCGAAAUAACACAGCAGAGCAUGCCAGUACAACAUGUAACAGCAAAAUGCAAGUUAAAGCACCAUUUUGCACCGAAAUGUAACUGAAAACAUGAAAUCAAUUGGCAAUUUGCCAAAUGUUAAAUCACAAAAAUUUAACUAUCAUGAAUUUUGUAGCAGAUUGUAUGACCUAAAUGGAUUGGGGAAAAAAUUAAUAUAAUAUUGUUUUGUAUCUUGCAUCACUAGCAUCAGUAACAUGUUUUCACAUUAAUGAUGCACAUGUUUCAAACACACAAAUAUUUUCAGAUUUAUUCUUCUGAGUAGUUCUGAUACAAAUGCUUCAGGUGUCAAUCAAAAUAAGAAUAUUAUGGUGAAAUAAUUAUUUAAAAAAAUUUAAGUUUCAUAUUUGAAUCAUAUAACUUUUUUUUAAUUAAUAAAAACAUUACAUAAAUGUAACAUUGAAAUCUCCUGUUUUGAUUAUGAAAUCGUCUUAAAAAUAAAACCAUAAAAUCUUGUCUCUAACCAUAACUCAUUUUAACACGACAAUCUUAACUGUGCUAAUAUUAGUGGUUGAAAAAGUAUAUGACAGUUUUUUUAUGCAGCUCAAAACGGGGGGAAAAAGAGCUAAGUUUGUUGGUGGUUGUCAAAGAGGAGAGUUGAAACUCACCAAGUUGUUGGUGUCUGACGGAACAACUCUACUCUGCCCGUGGGCUUUAGCAGUGACACCAGAUAGCUUGUGAUUCGUCAUCUCUACUGGCAAAAAUACCCAAAGCAGCUGAGUGAUGAGACUGUACUGUUCAUUGUUAUGCCAAAGCGUAAUGUGUUGAAAUACUUAUACAGAAAUCAUUCCAGGUUCAUUUUUUUUCCUUUAAGCGUGUUUAGUGUAGCGCGUGUUUGUGUGUGUGAGACUACGGGCAGUUGAAAUAUUUUGUAAUGGUUUACCGACAGCAUAUACUAAUGUCGAAGAAUUGACUUUAUUAAGAAUGUUAUCUCUGUUUAUGCAACUCUGUAAUGAUAUAUGUGAAAAGUUAUUUAAUGUUGUACAUGUAGAAUUUCCAUUAUUUAUGAUGUUAACACUGUUUUCUUUUUAGUAAAUAUGUACAUUAUAUAGUUGUGAAAAGGA